AUGAGUUCAUUUUUCGCUUGUAAAAAUGGUCAAAAUAUAUCAUGGACAUUCGUUUGUGACGGUUAUAAUCAAUGUGUCGAUGGUUCCGAUGAGCAACAAUGUUAUUGUCAAGGUGAUAUUUAUGCUUGUCGACAAGGAAAUAAUGUUAGUUGUAGAAUUGCAUGUGCAACUUAUGGCCGUGUUACUUGCUUAACCUAUCAAAAUAUACGAGCUUGUGAACAGUACAUACAAGGACAUAUUAGCACAAUUCCUCUUGAUAUUAGUUCUACCAGUGAAUCAUUGAUAAUAACAAAUCAUUUCGAUGCACUUCGAUAUUCAGCUUGUUUAGCUAUUAGUAUAUUAGUAUUUUUUUCAAUUGUUUCUACUCUUAUUUAUUUAAUUCGUAAAAAUUCUUCAAAAUUCGUAUUCGCCUAUACCAAUAAAGGAUUCAAUACAAAUACAAAUACAAAUCGAUUAUCGUCUAAUAUAGAACAGCCAUCGCCUAGAUUAGAUCUUUCUAGUUCAUAUGUUACAUCGACAUCUGAUAUCAAUGAUUUGCCACCAUCAUAUGAUCAGUUCGACCGAAAUUCAAUACCAAUAAAUGACUUUUAUGAACCACCACCUUAUCCUGGUCUACCAUUGUUGUCGACUGUACAAAAUUCAAAUUCAUUCUAUUCCGAAGCCAUGAAAACGCGAGCAUCAUCAAAUUCAAUGUCGAUGUUAAAUCCAAUGCCUCUACCUGAACAACAUGCUUUAACUAAUAUUCGAACAUAUUGUGUAUAA